AUGGCUCUACAGCCAGGAUUGGGCAAACAGCAACAGGUGCUUAGUAUCCUUCACGCCAACCCCCAACCGUUGGCUGCAUUUAUCAAGCAGCGGACUGCCAAGUAUGCCAACUCUAACCCACAACCUCUCCCUGGACAGUCUGGCAUUCCUCAGGGACAGCCAGGGCUGCAGCCACCUACCAUGCCUGGUCAGCAAGGUGUUCACUCCAACCCAGCCUUGCAGAGUAUGAAUCCUAUGCAGGUAGGUGUCCAGAGAGCUGGCCUUCCCCAGCAGCAGCCCCAGCAGCCGCUCCAGCCACCCAUGGGAGGAAUGAGUCCUCAAGCUCAGCAAAUGAACAUGAAUCACAACACCAUGCCUUCACAGUUCCGAGACAUCUUAAGACGUCAGAUGAUGCAACAGCAGGGAGCAGGGCCCGGAAUUGGCCCUGGAAUGGCCAACCACAACCAGUUCCAGCAGUCCCAAGGAGUUGGCUACCCACCCCAGCAGCAACAGCAGCAGCAUCACAUGCAACAGAUGCAGCAAGGGAAUAUGGGACAGAUGGGCCAGCUCCCCCAGGCUUUGGGGGCAGAGGCAGGAGCCAGUCUGCAGGCGUAUCAGCAGAGACUUCUUCAGCAACAGAUGGGAUCUCCUGCUCAGCCCAACCCAAUGAGUCCACAGCAGCAUAUGCUCCCAAAUCAGGCACAGUCCCCACACCUGCAAGGUCAGCAGAUCCCUAAUUCUCUCUCCAAUCAAGUGCGUUCUCCCCAGCCUGUCCCUUCUCCGCGACCACAGUCUCAGCCCCCCCAUUCCAGCCCAUCUCCGAGGAUGCAGCCUCAGCCCUCUCCACACCAUGUUUCUCCACAGACCAGUUCCCCACAUCCUGGGCUGGUAGCUGCCCAGGCUGCCAACCCCAUGGGACAAGGGCAUUUUGCCAGCCCAGACCAGAAUUCAAUUUCACAGCUCGCUACCAAUCCAGGCAUGGCAAACCUCCACGGUGCAAGCACCACGGACCUGAGACUGAGCACCGAUAGUGCAGACUUGAAUUCAAACCUCUCACAGAGUACACUAGACAGACACUAG